UGCGAAGGAGACAGGGUCGAAGCUCCUCUUGCUGGCACCGAUGCAAGGUCGGUUCAGAGCACGGCAGAGACGCGUCUGAGAGCAGCGCGAGCCGACACGGGGCCAAGACGAUCGUUGCAGGCACCAUCUGUUGAAGCUGCAGGAAUAUUAUGAGCAACCUCAGCACUAAGGUCUGUUUCUUCAUCCUGGGAAUGAGUGUGGUGAUCUGCGUGACAAUGUCCACCAUUUAUCUGAAGUCCAGCACUUCAGAGGCCCCAGUCACAAUGGCCACCAUGCAGAACACGACCAAAUGCAGGGCUUUCCCCGACUACUGCACCCCGUUCCUACCCCCAGCCACCGAAGGCAAGCAAUGGCAUCAGAGAGACUGCCUAUCUGAGGACUACAUCGCUGAAGGGGUGCUCAAUUGCUCUCUCAUCACCAAGGAUUUCCACUUCAUCACCGAGCCCCUGAGUCAGGAAGAGAGAGAGUUCCCCCUGGCCUUCAUCAUGACCAUCCACAAAGAGUUGGAGACGUUCAUGCGCCUCCUCAGAGCAAUCUACGCCCCCCAGAACAUCUACUGCAUCCAUGUGGAUGCCAAGUCCCAGGAGUCUUACAAAGCUUCUGUCCGCCACCUGGUGAGCUGCUUCCCCAAUGUGUUCCUGUCCAGUGUCAGCGAGGUUGUGACCUACGGGGGCUUCUCGCGACUCAAGGCAGACAUUAACUGCAUGAAGGACCUGGUCUCAUUGCGGGUGCCUUGGAGGAGAGUCAUCAAUCUGUGCGGUCAGGACUUCCCCGUCAAGAGUAACCUGGAGCUGGUGCGGCAACUGCGGAGUAAGGCGUGGAGGGCCACCAACAUGACACCCGGCGUUCGUCAACCCAACUAUAUGCGCUACCGGACGGAGAAGCAAUACCAGGAGGUCAUGGGCGGGCAUACGGUACCCAAGGGCGAGGGCUUCAUCAAGGCACCUCCCCCACAUGACCUCAAUAUCUAUUUUGGCACGGCUUACUACGCCCUCACGCCGGCCUUUGUCCGCUUUGUUCUGGAGAAUUCUGUGGCCAAGGACCUGCUGGAAUGGUCUAGGGACACCUACAGCCCAGAUGAGCACUACUGGGUGACUCUCAACCAUCUCGUAGGUGUACCAGGAAGUAACCUACAGGGGAAAUGGGAAGGCGAGAUUCGUGCUAUAAAAUGGAUUGACCAACAAGGCUCGGUGCACGAUGGAUGUAAAGGGCAGUACAUCAGGGGCAUCUGUGUCUACGGCCUGGGCGACCUCCAGUGGAUCAUUGAUAGGAACCACAUGUUUGCCAAUAAGUUUGACAGCCAUCUCUUCCCGGAGGCUAUCAACUGCAUGGAGCUGUGGCACCGGCACAAGGUUCUGCAGCAGGCUCAGGUUCCUGUGCGGCCCGAAUGGCGCAUCGCCACGGAAAAACACACCAUCAGUGCCAGACGGUGAGCAGGACCUCACGUUGCUGAGCUUCAUCUGGGUGCCUCAGGGAGAGGAGGUGUUUUGGGGCAGUAUGUGCAAUGCAGCAAAAUGACUGACCUAUUGAAAUCGCACGGAACACUGCAUCAGUUGGAAAAAAUAUAUAACUCCAUUAACAGAGUACUAGCUUUAUACUUCUGUAAUUUUCCUAAACAAACAUGCCUAUCUUGGUUAAACAUUCAAUAAAAAAGACAUACACACUGACUGUUUUGCACAGAAAAUAUAGGUAGAGAAAGAACAGCGAAUGAAAGAAAGAGAAUGCUUAGAGGAAAAUUAUGAUUGUAGUACCAUGGGCGGAUAAAGCCAGUAUUGAAUUAUAGGGCUGGGGGUGGCUAGCCUUAAGAGAGUCACUCAAUCAAUCUUUUUUCAUUUGAUAAGUGUCAUGACAGUAGGGGAAAAAAAAAAAAAAAAAAA